AGUCGCCUGCUAGCCACCAUUUUUACUGACGUUUUCAGUCUAAAGAGUUGAAAGGAAUCAGCAACGAAAAUGAAUGUAUUCAUCGCUGGUUUCUGGAUUUUGUUAGCAAUUUGCUUACUUUUGUAUAUCUUUACAAGAACAAAGCUGAAAUCAAGUACUGACGCUUCCUUCUUGCAUUUCCAAAGAACUUACCUAAUUGUCUUCGUGUUGGCUAUGUGUAAAUAUUUAAAUAAGUAACGAAAAUGAUUAUCAGUAACUUAAAAUUGAUUUUAGCGGGUGAUUGGCUACAAGGUCCCUAUGUUUAUGCACUGUACGACUCCUAUAAAAUGUCAAGUCAUCAAAUAGAUAUCUUAUUUGUAGCUGGUUUCGGUUCAAGCAUGCUUUUUGGGACCAUUAUUGGAUCAUUUGCCGACAAAUACGGAAGAAAAAAGAAUGCUAUUCUAUAUGGAAUUCUUUAUGGCUUGUCUUGUUUAACAAAGCAUUUCAAUAAUUUUUGGAUUUUGAUGAUUGGUCGGUUAUUGGGUGGAAUGGCCACUUCAAUUUUGUACAGUGCAUUUGAAGCGUGGCUUGUUUAUGAAAACAAUAAAAGAGGAUACGAUGUUGAUCUUUUAGGAUCGAUAUUUUCUCAUGCCAUAUUUGGUAAUUCCAUUGCUGCUAUUCUAUCCGGUUUAGUUGCUCAAACUGCUGUUGAUAAAUUUGGUUUUGUUAGUCCAUUUGAUAUUGCAUUUUGUAUUCUUGUCAUUAUGAUAAUUGUUGUAUCCCUUACUUGGACGGAGAAUUUUGGUGACACAUCUACAAGCCUGGUUUCUUCUUACGGAAAUGCCUAUAAUUCAAUUAAGAAAGAUCACAAGAUUAUCUGUCUUGGUUUAAUUCAAAGUUUGUUCGAAGGAGCAAUGUAUACUUUUGUAUUGAAAUGGACUCCAUCUUUGGAAAAUGCAGCAAAGGAGACGAUCACAGAACACGCUGGAAAAAUACCUCAUGGUUUCAUAUUUGCAGGCUUUAUGAUUGCUAUUAUGAUAGGAUCGUCACUGUUUAAGAUUCUUUCUAAAAGUUUACAACCCGAAAACUUUAUGAGAGGUGUACUCUGCAUUUCUAGUAUUUGUAUGACAAUUCCUGUUUUGUUUCCUGAUUCUCAAACCUUAAUAUUCAUCUCAUUUUUGGUUUUUGAAUCUUGCGUUGGAAUAUUUUGGCCGUCCAUGAGUACUAUGAGAGGAAAAUACGUACCCGAAUCAACAAGAGCUACUAUUAUGAAUUUUUUUAGAAUACCUUUAAAUUUAAUAGUUGUUAUUAUACUCACUCAGGAUCUCACAAACUCCACUCUAUUUAAAUUUUGUACGAUCUUCUUAGGAUUAACAGCUGUUGCUCAACAUUGGCUCUACAGAUUAUCAGUUGCAAAAGUAACGGAAGUGUUAAAUAGUAACGAAGAAAAAGAUGGAUUAAAGCAAGGCGAUAAAGAAUUACCCAUACAGUCAAAUAUAUCUGAAGCUUAG